AUGGCUGAAGAACUACGUCGGUCCAUCAGUUUGUUCGACAAGAACUUGUUCAACAGUGAGAAUCGAGACAGUUACCAGUUCGGGCUUCAUCAGUUCUGUACUGCCUUCAUCUGGUAUGAUGAUGGAAUCACUCAUAGUGUAGGAAGAGGAAAAACUGGUCGUCGUGAACGACAGCCACUGACCGACAAGAGCAAAACCGACCUGGGAAACGUUGGCAAAAGCCUCGAUCCUGUGUAUCAAUCCGUGAAUCCGUGA